AUGGAAGUUAAACUUUUGACGUUCGUGAUUUUGUGUGCUUACGGUGUGUUAGCGUCCGAAUAUAAUUGUGGCAAGAGAUCCGCUCUGCUGCUGCUCAAGCGACCAGCCUACGAGUUCUCAAUGAGAAUGUUACAGCGGGUUACCGAGGAGACAGAUGCUCACUUUGUGUACUCACCCGUCUCCACCUGGCUGCAGCUCUCGGCGCUGGCUGAGGGCGCCGAUGGCCGCACACUCAACGAGAUUUGGCGAUUAACCCGACAUCACAAGAACAGAUGCUUCAAAAGGCAGCUGAGCGGGAUUUUAAACCGUCUCAACUUUGACUUACGUUUUGAAAUGAAAAGGAAGAGUGUGAUUGCAAUAGACAAAUUGAUGGCCGUCAAGAAAAAAUACAUUCGGGACAUAGCGAAGCUGUACGGAAUCAAAGUGUUGCUGCUAGCCUUCAACGAACCUGAGAAGUCAGCGCAGGAAGUGAACCACGUGAUUGAAGACGGCACCAACGGAGUGAUCAACCGUAUACUGUACCAUGAUGACUUUAACGACACAGUGCUACUCAUGAGUGAUGCUAGUUAUUUUAGAAGUGACUGGAAGUCUCCGUUUACUAGUGUCGGGAAACAGCCGUUUUAUUCGCGUAAAGGAGAUAAAAUCGGUGAAGUGAGUAUGAUAAAUCAAGUAGGACAAUUCAAUGUAAUAGAUUUCCCUCACAUAGGUGCUACAGUGUUAGAAAUACCGUGCGCCAGUCGCAGGAUAUCAAUGUUAGUGUUUUUGCCGCAAAAAAAACUAUGGGUUAGCGACAUAUUCUACAGUCUACAGACGACCAGGCUGACCUCCAUAUUUAACAUGUACAAGAGACAAGGGCCCCAGUUAGUAAAUGUCACUAUACCUAGGUUCAAGCAGCGCUCUGAAAUUGAGAACUUACCCGAACUCGUGUACGACAUGGGUAUCAGGAGGAUAUUCGACCCUAACGCAGCUGAGUUUAAGGGAAUCAGUAAAUAUAGGUUGUACGCGUCUCUGAUGACACAGAUAACUGACAUAGAAGUUAAUGAGAAGGGUGUGACGGCGACUGCUAACUCACUAGUCAGGAAUAAUGGCUCGGCUGUAGAAUUCUUAGCUAAUAAACCCUUCGCGUAUGUGAUAGUAGACAAAGUGACAGAUUUCAUUCUAUACGCUGGUAUGUACUCGUCGCCUUCUGUGAUUUGA